GUGGAGAAAAAAAGGGAAGAAUUUGGGUGCACAGAAGCAGUUGAAGGCUCAAGCCAGUGGAUGGGGCAAACGCAGGGCGAGAGGAACGUCACGAUGAAUAGAUCGUUCUCGCUGCUCCAAAUGUCGCUUUGACAGUUCACGGGUUGUAGAAUUUCCAGUGACACCGGAUGAGGUGCUCCAGAAUUACGUGCUACACUUAUCAAACAGCCGCCAACCCGAGAAUCGAUAGGCGGGUCUGAGGUUUUCAAAAAUAAAAUAAUCACGAGCGAUGAGUUAAAAGUUGAAAUAAACAGAAGGGAGGGAAAAUGUUGGUUACGAGGUGCAGUUGUGUUGAGAAGUCACUCGAGUCCCUUCUCCAAACUCUCGGCUAUUUCUGGAUUACGAUGGGUGCAUCAGGUCGCUAUUUUGUAUAAAAAAAAAUAAUGAGAAUCAACGCGACGAAGAUGAGUACUCCGAUCGAGGAGAAGAUUGAUCAGAAGCUGAAGGUCCGGACGGGCAUGGUUACUGUCAGCGAUGGAAAGAGCAAACCGGUACCCAUGCGAUUGCAUUUGUCGAUGGAAGUGCUCAAGUUGCAACGAGAGGAUUUAGAGCAGGCAGCGAAUCACAACAAGCCCCCGUUGGAUGCUAAAGAGCGAAUGGUUCAGAUAACACGUCAAAAAGUUGGUGGACUUGGUCUGAGUAUCAAGGGUGGUGCUGAGCACAAGCUUCCAGUGCUCAUAUCACGAAUAUACAAGAGUCAAGCGGCAGACCAGUGCGGUCAAUUGUUUGUUGGAGAUGCAAUUAUCAAAGUGAAUGGCGAAUACAUAACAGCCUGUAAUCAUGACGACGCUGUAAAUAUUCUUCGGAACGCAGGUGACAUCGUAGUGCUGACAGUAAAACACUACCGUGCCGCAAAGCCAUUCCUCCAAAAGAAUGGAAAAGAGGAGAAACUGGAUAACGCAGCGAAUGGAGAUGACGAGGAGGAAUGGGUAUCACCCAAUAGACGAUCUGUUAGUCCUCAGAGUGGACAUAGUAGACACGGAUCAAACACGUCCUCAUCGUCGACCCACUUGAAGAAAUGGGUCGACGUCAUCACAGUACCUUUAAUGAUGGCUUAUGUCACAAGAUACAUAUUUGGGACUGACAAACUGAGAAGAAAUGCUUUCGAAGUGAGGGGACUCAAUGGGGCGAGAACUGGAGUCAUACACUGCGAUGAUAGUGCUAUACUCAGUCAAUGGCUCAAGUACAUCACUGAUAACAUCACAGGACUCACGCAUCUACAGAUGAAACUCUACAAUCGUAAUUUUGGGGUCGGUGAACGUAUAGAGUACAUGGGUUGGGUAAACGAGGCAGUUAGCAACAGUAAUCAGCCGUGGCAGAGUUACAGACCGAGAUUCCUAGCCCUCAAGGGCCCCGAUCUUCUCCUCUUCGAAACCCCACCUUGCAAUAUUGGGGAUUGGUCUCGCUGUGCUCUUACGUUCAAAGUUUACCAGACGAUGUUUCGAGUGAUGAGGGAGUCAGAGAAUGUCGAUGAGAGACAGCAUUGCUUUUUAGCCCAGAGCCCGGGUAAACCACCUCGUUACUUGAGUGUGGAAACGAGGCAGGAGCUGUUGAGAGUCGAGGCUGCAUGGCACACCGCUGUUUGUUCUGCUGUUACUCAUUUGAAGAGCAAAACUUUCCCAGUAACUUUCAACGGAAGGACCGCGGGGCUGACACUUGAAUGGACCCAAGGAUUUACGUUAUCCUACGAGGGCCUCGGGGAAGUGGCCUGGAGAUACAAAUUUUCACAGUUGCGUGGAUCAAGUGAUGAUGGAAAGAGUAGGUUAAAACUGCACUUCCAAGAGUUGGAUAGUAUAGCUAUAGAGACGAAGGAAUUGGAAUGCUCCCAACUGCAGAAUUUACUGUUCUGUAUGCACGCUUUUCUCACAGCCAAAGUCGCCGCGGUCGAUCCAACAUUCUUGACGUCAACCACUCCAUAAGAACAUUCAAUGAACAAUUCGUUAUUUACACUAAAAAAUAGACGAGAAUUGGACGCAGGCGACCUGAAAUGCGAAAUUGAGAGUAAGUUUCCUGGCCUUUUCACCUGACAAUUAAGUUGUGGAAUAAAUUGCUGAUUAUUCCAAGUCAUUGGGUGCUGAAAAACCAUUUUAAAAGAGUCCUCUCUGUCCAAUUCUCCUAAACGUACUCUUUUGGUGCAUAUAUGAUCAAGUACUAGUCACUCACCCAAAAAAAAACACAAUUCAAAGGCGAUUAAUGACAUGGUUGUAUUAAAUUAAGCGAUAAAAAGUGACUGAUUGUUAAUCUGCGCUCAAAUGUUCAUGCAUUUCAAGUCACUGCAAUUCAUCCUGUUGCCUACUCGUUCAAUUCCCGAAUGUUGAAGCUUUUACUAUUUACUUUUUUAUAUACAAAAAAAUUAUAGGACGUUGGUAUUCAAUGCCUUGAAAAGCGUGAACGACGUGGGGCCGAGGGUUGCUAAGCAAUUUCUAGUGCCUCACCGGAAACUUCUUGCGCAGUGUGGAAGAAUGAAAACUACUUUAGAAAAGUGUGGAAAAAAUGAGAAGGGUUCAAAGUCUAGACACAUGCUCUCUAACCAGAACCUCUGAUUCAAGCAAAUUCGCCUAUAACAAAAUUUAAUAGGAAAACCUCACCCUUUUUCUAAAAAAAUUCUGGUGGAAUUUCUGUUGAAACCCCAUGACAAUUCUAUCACAAUUCUAGUUGAAUUUUUGAUAAUGAUUUUUUUUAUUUAAAACUUAUUCUAUUGGAAUUUUUUCUGUUAAAUUAUUCAGC